AUGCUUGAUUCAUGCAGUAAUCAAACCUGUUCCAUGUCCACAACGGUGACUGAUCCUGUCUCAUUCAAGGGCGACCAACACAAUUUUUUUAUGGAAAAAGUGUUUACUGAUCGAAGAAAUGAUACACAAGUUCUGAUUGCCUAUCAAACUUCUCGUCCCUACUUCAAAUUUGACAGCCAUAAGAGGAAGACUGCUCAUGGUGUUGUAGAGGUGAAGCAGGAUUACACUGAAGAAGCGGCGAAAGUGUGGGCAAAUCUUGUGGAGCAGCAAUCCUCCUUGGAUCUCAUCAUGCACUGCCAGACGAUUCUUCCAGAUACCAAAAAUUGCUAA